AUGCCGCCUUCGAAAUCCUUCAAGUCAAAGGUCCUCGACCGCCUCGCUUCGCAGCAAGCAGCUCUCAGUCACAGUCGCGCUAGCAGCUUAGCGACAAAGUCCGACUUAGCAGCGAACACCAAGGAAGUUCACGGCUCCACCAACAAGGAUUCCUCUUCGCAGCGCAAAGAAACACCUUUGAGCUUGCCUCAACUCAUCUCGCUCCUAUCUUCUUGCUCCCUAAGCCAGUCGGGCGCUGGUGUCAGCUCGAUCCAGCUGGCGGGUCAACUAGUGAGAGCUAGACUCAAUACGGAGCAAAAGCUGCGACACAUUGACGAAGCGGACCUGGAGAAUGCAGGUGUGCAAGGCGUAGAGCUGAAAAAGCGCAUCCUAAAGGGUCUCAGGAAAGCUGUGAGGUACUAUGAUCAGGGCACUGCGUGGCGGAUUCGAUCCCUGCUGCUGCUGAGCGUGACAGCACUCGCUUUCUGACUACACUGUAUGCUCCGCUUGCAGCUUCGAGACGGGCCGCUUCCCGCAUUCAGUAGCACAAAUCAGUCGGCCGCCGCGCCGACUUCCUCCGCAAAAUCUGUGGAAUCCUUUGACUUCGCUCCUGUCCUUGUUGAGCAGGCACUCACAACACGCAGGGUGCAUGUCAAUAGAGCUCCGGUCUUGCUAGCUUGGGCGGUAGUUCUUUGCGAAAGAUUAGGAUUCACCAGAUGUGAAGCUCUGAGUGUCGGUGAGUAGUCUUGUGUGGGUGCAGGUCACCGCUUGGCUGAGCGCAGCCUUGGCCCUUGGGUGGUCAUUGCAGCGCAAUGCUACGUGUCGAUCACUGCUCAAGCUAGAGGACAGUCGAUUGGCGUGAUAAGGAAGAGCAGCGCGUCUACAUCAGGUGCAGAUGCGUCUGAUCGCGUGGGAAAUAAUCAGCCUGUAAGUGGGCCGCUCAUCGUUGACCGAGCAGCACAUCACUCACACUCGCGACCUCCGCGCUCGCAGCACUUUGUGCUGAUGGGUGUCAAGAUACCGCUCAUGCGCAUAUCAGUCGUGGAGCAAUCACCUGGCCAACAAGAGCUGUCGGAAUGGAGGGCCAUUCUAGAUGGCUCUGUCGUCGAGCCUUCCAAGGUCAGUCGAAGAUGCGUUAGGAACAAAUCAGAGCCAGUCCUGAUGAGCUGUCUUUCUACCUCACCAGGCCUUUAACUAUUUGCGUGCCGCCAUGCGUCAACUUCUCCCGCACGUCAUAGGAGCCUUGACACUCUUGGCGGACUCCUACAUGGUCCCACCACCCGGCGCUACCGAAGCGCACGGAGUGGACGAACUACAUAAGCGAGCCUUUGAGCUGUAUGUCGAUUUCAGGCCAGAAACGGGCGGGGAGUGGGGAAAGAAGGGGACGCUGUUCUUGAGCGCUAUUCUACGGCUCAAGAAAGGGUCCCAGGAGUCCAAGGGAAAGCCUGAUGAAAACGGCAUGACAGAAGAGGAUUGGAGGAGGGAAGCUGCGAGGCUCGGGUGGGAAGAGCAGAGCAAGCAGACGGCUACCGAUCAUGCUAUUGAGGGGCCUGUCAAGUCGGAGAUUGGCGUGCAGGAAGGACCGACCUUCUCAGUGCUGCCUGCAAACGCGCACACGCCCGUCAAGCUCGAGCCCAGGAACGAUGAGGCUUCGAAAGCCCCGCAGACCGGACGAGUUGCGGAUCAUGGUGCAGUCGAGCCCGCGUGGAGUGCACAAGACUCUCUUGCCCCCACGCAGGAUCUGCCACCUAAUCCGACGCACGGUGAAUCGGACAUAGUGGACGAGUUGUUGGUGGAAGAUGGACCUGGCGAGCAGUUGAACGCUGCCUCAGGAGGAGGGGUUCAGAAACAGCCGAAGCGCGCGUUUCUGCAAACAGACUCAAGCGAGGGUUGCGAAGACGACAAUUACAUCACGCCAGACUCGAAUCGCAAACGUGUCAAGAGAGAGACAGAAGGUUGA